UACAAUUCAGAACUAUAAUCAGUAUAACAUGUUGUUCCCCUCUGCAUCUCUUAUUGUCCUUCCCCCCCUGGGUUCCUGUUCUUCUCUCUGGGGAACUGUACUUCCCACCAGGGAUAUACUGUGGACGCGUCCCACUCGGCCCAGUCCUUUUGAAUAACUCCCAGAGUGCAACACUCUCCUUCUCCUCUGACGUUAGCAAAACAGGAAGUGGAUUUGUCAUCCACCACCGUGCUGUGAUGGGACACCUUCCACCUGUUUUCAAAUCGUACGGUAUGGUGGUUGUUGUCGACGACCAGAGUAUUGUGCAAAGCCCCAAUUAUCCAGAUGACUACAGUAACAACUUCACCUUCACCUGGGUCAUCUAUGCUCCACAGGGUCAUGUUGUCAAGCUGGACUUUACUGACUUUGACCUGGAGGAGUCAGACGGCUGUCUCUACGAUUCCCUCGUUGUCCUGGGAGACGUAGCAGGUGUGGAUCGACUCGCGGUGCUGUGUGGACGCUGGGUCCCUCCCUCCGUGCUGUCCUACGACCGGGUCAUGGUGCUCCAGCUCACCACAGAUGCCACGCUGACACACAGAGGCUUCAGGGCAUCGCUGGCCUUCAUCCACCUUGCAGACCUGCACAACGAGGAGCGGUCAGAUACAGCGGCAUGGCAACCCAACCAGACAGACCAACAGACAGACACACAGACAGGCAAACAGACAGAUGUGAAGACAGGCCUUCAGACAGACAUAGGGACAGGCCAACAGACGGACUCACAGACAGACCAACAGACGGACUCACAGACAGGCCAACAGACGGACUCACAGACAGACCAACAGACGGACGUACAGACAGGCCUUCAGACGGACGUACAGACAGGCCCCGUGAUCGGUGGACAGAUGGACAACCGGGACGAUUUGUCAGCUAGUUCCCGGAGCACACAAACCUAUGGCUGGUGGUUUUGAAUCCUUCCUUUUUCUUUUUUUUUAAACUGGCUCCACAGCUCAUUUCCUAACUUACAUACGCUUACAUACUCCCUUCUCUUCUUGAACAUCCCUUUUCCUUUUCGGAAAAAAACCCACCCCAGGGCCAUUAGCACCAUAACAACCAGGGAACCGCUUAUUUCCCCCCUGAACCGGUGAAUCACACUGAGUCACCAGCACAUUACUGAAUCACUGCCAAAAUAUCAGCCAAUAAACUGCCCCUCAGGCAGUAUACAGUUAGUUGGCUGCUAUUCAGCAUCUGGCCUGCGCAUCCUCAUCCCAAACUAAACAAUGCAAUUCGCACACAGACUUUUCAGAGUGUCAGAGGCCCCCGCUGGAAAAAAUCCACUUGCCGAUGAGCUGCAUUCCUGCAUGACGCUCGUUUGCCUAGCGGCAAGUUCUGGUUCGCCCCAGUCCUGUUUGGACGUGUGUGUGUGUGUGCUUCUUGCCUGUCCCGCAUCCAUAAAAUGUAUACGAGUGGCUGCUUUUGUCAUUGGAACACAUGGAUACUACGCAUGUCUGUGUCCUGCAGACGUUGAAUUACCCGUCUUCCACUCAGUGAUUAUUAGGUCAUAGAAUAUUAUUAACUCUUUUUUGGAAACUAUUAACCUCAAACUAGUUUUCUUUUUGUCUCUUUCCUCGCUUUUAAAUCUCUAUUUUUCUUUCGUAUUAUUGUUAGCGCUGUGUGUGUAUCAGUGCUUUAUUUUAACCGUUCAAAGUAACAUAUACCAGAGACCUAUUAGUGUGUCAUUGGGAAAUUGGACACUGACCUUUACAACCGAGGAAACUGAAGCCUGUUAGGAGUAUACAGACAGCAGUCAGUCUCUAUGCACUGGUCCCAAAUGGUAAUCUAUUCUCCAUUCUAACUUCUGGUCGAAUUCCUUACGCACACACACACAAACACACACUUGCACAAACACAAAACACACAGUGACACACACAAAAACAAGAGGAAAAUAAAGAAAAGCGUCUUAAGCCUAGAUGACUAGCCUCUGGGCUCUGGGCUGCGGAGUCAAACAGACUAUUCUCUGAGGGUUAUUACUGAGGGUUAUUACUCAAUCAGGAACUGGUCUGGAACUAUUGUUCAACUUUGCGUGUGUGGGGCAGUGAUUCUGUAUGUAUGUGUGUGUG